AUGAAUGAUGGAUUAAAUGUAACAUAUAUAACUCUUGGUGGGUAUGUAGAGGUGAACAAAUACAGAUCUCUUUAUUUUUUAAUCAUGUUUACAGUUUAUGUUCUAAUAAUCUGCAGUAAUUCCACCAUUGUGUGUCUGAUCUGGAUUCAUAAAAACCUCCAUGAGCCGAUGUACAUGUUCAUUGCAGCUCUGUCACUGAACUCUGUUCUGUUCAGCACUGUUAUCUACCCGAAGCUUUUCAUUGACUUUAUAUCUGAGAAACAGAUCAUAUCUUACCCAGCCUGUCUCCUUCAGUGGUUUAUAUAUUACUCUUUAGGUGCUUCAGAUUUCUUACUGCUGGCAGCCAUGGCCUAUGACAGGUACGUGUCUAUAUGUAAACCUCUGCAAUAUCCAACUAUCAUGAGAAAAGCAGUCAUCAGCGUGUUACUGCUCUCAGCUUGGCUCGUGCCUGCCGCUCACGUCAUGGUGGCAGUUGCUCUGGCUGCUGACAGAAAACUCUGUCACUUUAGUUUGAAUGGAAUUUUCUGCAACAACUCGGUUUAUCAGCUUCACUGUGUGACUUCGACAGUGCUUUCAGUCUACGGUUUGGUGGUUUUGUUUAACGUGGCACUUCUCCCUGUGCUUUUCAUACUUUUCACUUACGCAAAGAUUCUCAUCAUUUCCUACAGAAGCAGCAGAGACGUCAGGACAAAAGCUGCACAGACCUGUUUACCUCACCUGAUCGUUUUAAUCAGCUUUUCCUGUUUGUGUGCGUAUGAUAUUAUUAUAGCACGACUGGAAUCUGAUGUUCCAAAAACAGCUCGUUUCAUAAUGACUUUACAAAUGAUUCUGUAUCAUCCUCUGUUCAAUCCAAUCAUAUACGGACUGAAAAUGAAAGAAAUCUCUAAACACAUCCAGAGGCUGUUCUGUCAAGUCAAACUAACUAAAUAA